AUGGCGACGCACGCGUCUACAACCUUCACGACAGCCUCGCGCCCGCGGACCGGCCAGCGCGCUCAGCGCAGACCGGCCACAGCAACAACCAGCGGUGCUGGAAUCGGGGUCCAGCACGUCGUGUGUGCGGUCAGCGAGUCUCGCGGCAUUUCUCCCACCGUUGGCCUCGCUAUCGUGAACCUUGACGCGGUCCAAGCAGUGCUCUGUCAGAUCUGCGACAGCCAGACCUACGUGCGCACCGUCCACAAGCUGCAGGUCUACGCGCCCAGCGAGAUCCUCAUCGUCUCCACUGCUGCCGAUCCCAAGUCCAAGCUCUUCUCCAUCAUCGAGGAGAACCUGCAAGGCAUCGACAGCCAGAUCGCCCUGCUUGACCGCAGGUACUGGGCCGAGACGGCCGGAACCGAGUAUAUCCAGCAACUAGCCUUCGCGGAUGACGUCGAGGCUAUCAAGUUGUCGCUCGAUGGCAACUACUUCUGCGUCUGCUGCUUUGCUGCCGUCAUGAAGUAUGUCGAGCUGGGCCACGGCGUGACUUUCCCGCCCCAUUCCCUGAAAAUCAAAUACGAGCCCUCAGAGGGGUCCAUGAUAAUUGACGUCCCAACGAUCCGUGCCCUGGAGCUCAUUCAGAACCUUGAGAACCCAAAGUCUCGACACUGCUUGUUCGGCUUGUUGAACGAAACGUUGACUCCGAUGGGCGCGAGGCUACUGCGCAGCAACAUCCUCCAGCCGCUCACAACCGAGGAGACGCUAAUCAAUCGAUACGAUGCGUUGGAGGAGAUGUCUAGCAAGGAGGACCUCUUCUUCGCCGUGAGGCAAGCACUUAAAGGAUUCCUGGAUGUCGACAAGAUCUUGUCUGCGCUUAUUCUGCUUCCUACGAAGCCUUCGGUGCAAACCAUGGAGCAAGCCAUCAACCAUGUCAUCAUGCUCAAGCAAUUCGUCGUGUCGAUUCGGCCCAUCUACAAAGCAUUGACCGGAACUAGAAGCGCGAUCCUUUGCGAGAUUCAGGCGUUCUGCCAUCCCAACCUCAUCGACCCCAUCCAAGUCCUGAUCGAUUCCGUAAUCAAUGAAGACACAAUGUUCGCCAGGAGGCCGCUGGACCUGAGGAACCAGCACAUCUAUGCGGUAAAGGCCGGGGUCAGCGGCCUCCUCGAUGUGGCCCGCCAAGCAUACAGAGAAGCUACCGAGGAUGCAUAUCAACUAGUCAACGAGCUCAGCGAAACGCAUGGUCUUAGCCUUACGAUCAAAUUUGAUCCGGCGCGCCAGUUCUACAUCCAGCUCAGCGCUGCAGAUCUGGAGGGCCGCACUUUACCGCCUGUGUUCACGAACGUGCACAAGAGAAAAGGCAUCAACGAGUGUCAGACUAUCGAGCUCAUGAAGCGGAACCAGAAGAUCGUCGACGCGCACAACGAGGUGAUUUGCUUGAGCAAUAGAUCCAUUCAGGAUUUGAUCGUCGAAAUUCGGGGAUCCGUGGCAAUCCUCUACCGCGUUGGCGAGAGCAUCGCUAUGCUUGAUAUGCUAUCGGCAUUCGCGCAACUCGUCACGAGCCAAGAGUACACUCGCCCAGCCUUAACCGACACUCUUGCUGUCAAGGCAGGUCGUCAUCCAAUUCGAGAGGGGCUGCAACCGUCGAAGUUUGUCCCAAAUGACUUUUAUGCCACACAGCAAAAGCGAUUCCAAGUCAUCACGGGCUGCAACAUGAGCGGCAAGAGCACCUACAUCCGGGCUGUUGCUCUCAUGGCUGUCAUGACGCAGAUUGGGAUGUUUGUUCCCGCGCAGUAUGCAUCGAUGCCCAUACGACGGCAGCUUUUCGCCAGAGUCUCGCUUGACGACAACAUCGAAGCCAAUGUUUCCACCUUUGCCGCUGAGAUGAGGGAGGCGGCGUUCAUCCUGCGGAACAUCAGUAGGGACAGUAUAGCCAUAAUCGACGAACUGGGCCGUGGAACCAGCACUCGCGAUGGACUUGCUAUCGCCCUUGCAAUUGCCGAAGCUCUCGUCGACAGUCGCGCUUUCGUCUGGUUCGCCACGCAUUUCCGGGAACUUGCCAAGAUCAUGGGCGAAAGAAAUGGCGUCGUGAAUCUGCAUCUUGCCGUAGAUACGAGCGUCGAGGAGGGGGUCAUGAACAUGCUCUAUAAGAUCGCGGAAGGCCCCGUUGGAGAACAACAUUAUGGGCUUGCCCUUGCGCGGGUCGUGCCUCUCCCCUCCAAAGUUCUCGAUCAUGCGGGCGUAGUCGCCACAAAGCUGGAGCAACGGCUCCAAGGCCAAGAGACGGCAUCAGCAACUGUCCUCCGGGAACGCCGUCGGAGGUUGCUACUUACUGUCAAAGAACAUCUCUUGCAAGCGCAGAGCGGCGCCAUGGAAAGAGAAACCUUAGGAAACUGGCUGAAGGAAUUGCAGCGUGAGUUUGUCAUCAAAAUGUCGGCAAUUGACGCUGCCGCUGCAGAUGCGAACGGAACCAUAUACCACGAGAGUGGGCAUGUACAUGAACCAGACCUCACUACAGCCGGCAAAGAAUCUUCUAUAGCUACGGGUCACGAGGCAUGCGUUGGCGAAGAUCCAGUUGAUGCCAUCUCAAUAUCAAGCGGCCACUCGUCGACGGCUCUCGGUUCCGAAUAG